AUGCCUCCAUCAGUCCCACCAGUUGCUGUUCCUACUAAACCUCCACCUGCUCGAUCAACUCCAUCUCAACCUAUAUCUGACAAUCGUCCACCUAUUCCACCGAGGAGAGAUUCUAAUCUAGCACCUCCACCUGUUCCAUCUCAUUCUGGAAGUGGGUUCUCUCGUCAUUCCUCCGCUACAUCUACAAAAAGUGUUCCAAAUGGUCCAUGUACACCUCGCCCAGUUUCGAAAUCUAACUCUCACAGUGGUUCUGUUCAGUGUAUGCACGGAGAUCCUGACGAUAAACUUCUUGUUGUGGAGAGUCGUUUUAUUGCUCAAACUCCAGGAGAAAUGAGUGUUGAAGAGGGAGAUUUAUUGUAUCUUUUGAAGCAGAGCAGCAGUGAAUGGUGGUAUGUCAAGAGUAAAUCUCGGCAAUUCAAAGGAUUUGUUCCGAAAUCCCAUGUCGUUUAUGCGGAAGUUCGUGAACCAUGGUUUGCUGGAAACAUUUCUUCGAUAUUGGCAGAACAGAGAGUAAUGCAACCGGGACUUCCGAUUGGAACUUUUCUUAUUCGAGAAAAUAUUAAAACAGGAACAUUUGUGUUGACAGUCAGAAGUUCCAAUAGUGAUUCACCACGAGCAUAUGUUAUUCAUCGACGACCAAAUAAUGAUGGAUUCGAUAUUCGAGAUAGACAUGAUCAAGUUGUAAUCACUUUUGGAUCACUUUUACAAUUGGUUAAUCAUUUUAGUUGUGAUAAGGUGCCAGGAGAAGUUCAGAUUUGCACAAAACUGACUCGUGCAGCUCCUCCACUUGCUGAACCUACUGAGUAUGUUACGAUGAGAAAAUGGCAAGUGAAUAGGAACGAAGUGAAAAGAGUUCAAGAGAUUGGAAGAGGACAAUUCGGAGAAGUUUAUCUGGCAAAGUGGAGAGGCGUGGAUGUUGCUGUGAAAUCACUGAAACCGAACCAUACAGAACAGUUGGCGAAUACUCAGUUCUUGGAAGAAGCGAAGACAUUGACUAAACUAUCCCACCAGAAUGUCAUUUGUCUUUUGGCAGUGUGUGCAACUGAUAAACCAUUCCUAAUUAUCACAGAAUAUAUGAAAAAUGGAUCAUUACUUUCAUGGCUUCAAUCACUUGCGAAAAAACUUCCGCCAAUUCCAUUGAUGAGUGAAGAGACGGGAAUGAAGAAUGUUUUAGUUGGAGCUAGUAUUUCAGCACAAGUCGCUUCUGGUAUGGAUUAUCUGUCUGCCAAUCAAAUAGUUCAUCGUGAUUUGGCUGCACGAAAUGUUCUUGUUGGAGAUGUUUCCUCAAAUGGUGUUCCUUCUGUUAAAGUUGCGGAUUUCGGAUUAGCAAGAAAAAUAGAUACUGGAGAUCAGAAUUAUGUUAUGAAAACUGAUAAUCUGUUGCCUUGGAAAUGGAUGGCUCCGGAAUGUUUUGAUGAGCAAAUAUUCAACACAAAAACUGAUGUCUGGUCAUACGGAAUCCUUCUUUGGGAGAUCGGAACUCUUGGAAAAACACCAUAUCGAGGCUGGGAUUCAGAAGGAACAUUGGAACAUCUAGCACAUGGAUAUGUUCUUCCGAAACCUGAACUUGUACCCGAUUAUGUCUACGAGGAUGCAUUCAAAGUCUGUGUACAUCUCAAUCCUCACAAACGCCCUACAUUCGAUCGUCUGUUCAAAUACUUUGAUGAUAUCAAUUUCGAGAGUCUCUCCAUGAUGAGAAGCAUAUCUCGACACUGA